GUCAAAUCAAAUCACAUUGAAAUAGAGCAUACCAACAUUACUCAAGACAUCCUUCUAUCAUCAUCAUGGCUGCAUCUCUCGAACUUUUUGUCUUCCCUUGGGGAGUAAGCCCUCGUCGAGUCUUACUCUACCUUGCAGAAAAAGGCAUCCUGUCCCACCCCCAGAUCAAAAUCACCGACGUUGCCAUAACUGCUAAGGUGGAGCUUGUCGCACCAGGAAAGCCCCCCGGCAGCGUGCCAAUUCUCCGGCUCCCAGAUGGAACCUUUAUCAAGCAAUCAGUUGCCAUCCUCGACUAUCUAGAAGAUAUCUGCGACAACCCCGAUCCGCAGCAGCUUUGGCAAGUCGAGCUUGCUCAAAGCGCUGGCGCCAAACGCAGCAUGCGCGGGAUCACGGCUGAGGAAAGAGCCCGCACUCGCGAGAUGCUCCUCCUUGCCGAUGAGACUACAAACUACUUUGGGCUGGCAUGCCACAAGGGAUCCGAGCUCUUUGCGGCCCUUGAGCCAACGAACCCCGUCGCAGCUAAGCUCAUCCUCGACUGGGCCCAGCGGCCGCUGAAGUUAUUGGAAGGAUACUAUACUGAGGAGUCGCACUUUGAGGGUGAUGGAGGAUUUGUUACGGUUGCAGACUGUGUAUUGUACUCGCUGCUGGAGUUUGCGAAGGAGUUUUACGAAGUGGAUUUGCUAUCUGACCCGGAGCUCGCUGGUUUACGGAGGUUUUACCAAGCGUUCAAGCAGAGGCAAAGCGCGCAGAUCCCAGAUGAUCACUUCCCACAGGAUCUGAAGAAGCUAGCCUGCCAGUGGAUUGUAUGAUCUUAAGAUUGUCUCAAAGUUUAUAGCAUCAGUGUAUGACUCGGGGCUUAGUUUAGUAGGGGUACAUAGUAAGCUAUACUGACAGUAAUAUUGGAACUUGAGGCACUUAUGUGCUUACCCCUCCCCAUCGGGCGAAUUGUUUUUGGCACUAUUGGC